CGUCCCGGCAGCCCCCGCGCGCCCGGCGCUUCCCGCGGCGGCUUCCGUCGCGCGCAGCAGGACGGGCGCGUGCGGCCGCGGCGCCUCCCGCCGCCAUGUCGGCCGCCUUCAGGAAAGCCGCCAAGUCCGGGCAGCGCCCGCACCGCGAGCGGGCACAGCCGGCCGCGCGGAGGAAGCUGGGGCUGCUGGAGAAGAAGAAGGACUACCGGCUGCGAGCGGACGACUACCGCAAGAAGCAGGAUGCGCUGCGGGCGCUGCAGAGGGCGGCGCUGGACCGCAACCCCGACGAGUUCUACUUCAGGAUGACCCGCGCGAGGCUCCAGGAUGGAGUUCACAUAAUUAAGCAGCCAAAGGACGAAGUGAGCCCUGAACAAGUGAAAGUGAUGAGGACGCAGGAUCUCAAGUACGUGGAAAUGAAGAGAGUGGCAGAAGCCAAGAAAAUCGAAAGGCUGAAGUCGGAGCUCCAUCUCCUGGAUGCUGAGGGGAAGCAGCCCAAUAAGCAUGUGUUCUUCUUUGAUACCAAAAAAGAAGUUCAAGAGUUUGAUAUUGCAACUCAUCUGAAUACUGUUCCAGAGCUAGUAGAUAGAGUGUACAACCGACCGACCAUUGCAACAUUACAAAAAGAGUCACUGAAAGGAGCUACUGAUCCUGCCCACUUAAAGAAAUUAGCCCAACAAAGGAAGAAUCAGUAUGACCUCCUGAAGCAGCGUAUUGAACGAGAAAAGGCAAUGUUUGUUAUUGCACAGAAAAUCCAGACACGCAAAGAUCUUUUGGACAAAACUCAGAAAGUGAAGGUGAAGAAAGAGACAACAAAUGGUCCAGCUAUUUACAAGUUCAAAUUUCAGCGGAAACGUUAACUGUUCCGUGAAAUAACUAAUGUAACCUUCUUUGUUUAGAAGAAAGAGGAUUCUCCCUAAGAAGUACUGGUGCACUGUCAACAUCAGUCUGACUUCCACUGCAGCCUAACACUUUGUCAAAACAAAUUACUGUGGGCAUUCUGUAGCCAUAAACACAUCUAAUUAAUGGAUUAAUAAAUCAAAGAGUUUGUCCUCAUGGUAUAUA